AUGGCCUGGUUUGCAUGUACGCCCAUCCGGAUGAGAUCCAAUCCGCUGAUCUCAUUGAUGAACCAUCCGGCUUUCAAAAACUAUGUUGCCUUCGUGGCGUUCUCCUACCUAAUAACUUUCGCCCUCGUCAACUCUGUCAAACCUUUCGUUGAAGGUAAGACAUUUGAAAUUUGAGUCUAGAGAAAUUUUAAGUCGAAAUGAAUCUACCACUUUUUUAAUAUCUACGAUAUCAAUAUGAAUUGGCAAAGUUAGAAUAAUAAAUGAAAAUUCUAUUAAUGAAACCUUCAAAUUCGUUUUCCAGGAGAACCUCCAAACUUCAAAGCGUUGUUCAUUAUCUCCAUCGUGACUUUUGUCAUGUUCUACCUGCCCCUUUUUCCGGGCACUGAACUGACGGGUAUUUUUAAUCUCAGCCUCAGAGUUUUGGAAUCAAUUUUCAGAAUUUGGAUUUACGGUUAAUACUUUAUUCGAGAGCUUGUACCCAAAACAGGGUGAUCUUUUGGAGUAUCAGAGCCGGAAAAUCGCCGUUCAUCGCCUGGUAGCCAUAUCCUCGUAUCUAUGUUUGUUUUAAUUUUAAAAUGAAAUUUGAUUCAAAAAACUUACAGUUCUGCUGUUCAAUGUCCAAGUCUACAUUCAUAACAGCACUAGAGGAUUUUCAACUAUUUUCUUGUAUCUUCUUGGUUUUUUUGGUUUUAAACCUUCUCAAAGAGAGAUUUUUUUAGAAGCGUCGAUUUGGCUUGUAAUCUGCAACGCUAUUCUUCGUGUAAAGCUCCUUGAGAAGGGUAUCGGAGACAAUCCGAUUCGGCUUUUGAAAGCUUUGAACAUGAAUCCAGAGGCUACCUUGAAAUCGCUCAUGUGUGCUAUAGAAGAAUAUCGCGCACACCAAUUUUUCUUGACAAGUGGGCUUCUAUUCUCGUUAUCUUCACUACAUACUCAUUGAACUCCCGAUAGAGAGUGUGAGAAAACGUUCGGAAAAAAUAAAUAUAAAAUGCGCUUACAAAAAAUCCAUUCUAACCAUUUUUAAGGAUUUUUAAAAAUAAAUGGUAUGAAUUUUUAGAGAAAGCAUAUCGAAAAACGUUUUAGUUAGAAAUUCACAGUAAUUUGAAAGUUUGAACUUUCAGAAUCGUCAAAUAAAAUGGUUUAUCUCACUAAUAAUGGAAUCGUGGUUUUCCUCUCAAAUUGGGAUUUCGUCGUGUCAAAACGAUGUCUUUGCACGGCGAUUGUUCAGGAUUCCAUCUUUACGGUAUCCUUUUUUUUUGCUUCCUUCACAAAUUUUGAUCAUAUUCAGCUCCGAAGGCCUCAACACGGCGACGAAAUAGUCCCUCUGAAGUUUGUCUUCGCUGAUGGCAUUAACGAACCAAUUAACGUUUCGUGAGUUGCUGAGAAUUCUCAGAGUUAUCGAAUGCACAACGAUUUCAGGAUGGAAACUUCGAAAUUUGAAGAAAUGCGCCAAAACAACCUGUUCAUUGUCCGAAUCGAGAGUAGCGCUGGUUUCCAUAAAUCCGAAAUGGAACAAUUCAUAGCGGUAGGAUUUCGGUAGGACUUGCUCCGAACACAAUCUUGCAGAUGUUCACCACGGCCGCCAAGAAUAAUUCGGUUUACGUUGAGGAUUCUGACCUCCCGGUUAGUUGAAAAAGUUAGAAUCUCGUUUUUGAAAAAAAGUUAGAAGUUAGAAUCAUAUCAGAAAUCAAGGAAAUAUCCCAGAAAAUAAAGGAGAUUAAUGGGUUGCGUGUAAAUACAGCAAGAUUUUGAGUUUCCUAAACUUUCAAUGUUAGUUUUCUUAAGAGGAAUACCAUUUCACGUUGCGCUUGGGAAUUUUUUUCUAUUUUUUGAAGAAUAAAAGUCCUGAAGCGGAUUUUGAAGGAUUUAUCAGACUUUUAGUUGCCCUUCCUCCAAAAACAUGAAUUUGUGCAAGUUGAGACUUUAACAAUUUUCUUCUGAAACAUCAGUGGGCGUCCUGGCCAAAUCAAAAAAGUUUGCUGACCAGUUUUCCUAGGAAUCACUGAAGCUUUGAUUCUAACUGAUCGAUUUAUUUCCUUCAAAUGACCCUUUCAGUAGUUUUAGAAGCAUUUGAUCAUUUUCAUGUAUUCCAGGAGUCAAACGAACUCUGUCUUGGAUGUUCUAUCCGCCGAUCCAACGUCAAGUUUGCACGGGAAUGCGAUGAGAGUCAAAGGCGCGUCGAGUACGAAAAAACUGUUCAUUCGCUAAAUGAUCCUUUCAUUUCUUGCGGAACGUGCAGUUGCCGCCCGAUUUGGUCAGAUAUUUUCAUCUCUCUGUAGUUCAAACCUCUUUUCCUGAUCUAACGCUUUUUUUGAAGAAAGGCCGUGGAUAUGAACCGUUCCUUGAAGAUAAGAUUGAAAAGCUCUCAAAAAUUGUGUGUGAUCUGAAGUAAAGCCAUGACAUGAGUAAACCCGCUUAUGGUCGGGCGCAGUUAAAACGAGGCGCUCCUAGUGUUCUCCUUACCUUCGAAAUCAUAUAAAAGAUAAUUUUCCUAAUAAACAUCAAGCUUUUUAUUUAGCUUCAAAAUGAAAAAAAAAAUCAAUUUUAAUUUCCUGAAAAUCUGUUUUUCAGGUGCAUAAAAUGCGUCGCUAGCCUUUUCUACACGACAAUCUGUGACAUUGAGAAAUGGAGAAGUCAAUCGACCCCUUGCCCUACUUGCAGGUGAGCCUUUCAAGUUUAAACACAGAGCAACUCUAAAAAUUCUCAGAGAGCAUUUCUGCAUCGAGGACGUCCACCUUUUGGCCCGUGAUUCUGAAGAAGAGAGCGAUGUAGGCGAUUAA